AUGGUCAAGGCUUGUGACCAAUGUCAAAGGCAAGGAUCAAUCUCCAAGAGGCAUGAAAUGCCAAUGCACUUUGUCAUGGAGAUAGAAAUCUUCGACGUAUGGGGAAUUAAUUUUAUGGGUCCCUUUGUGACCUCUUGUGGGAUGAAAUAUAUCUUUGUAGUUGUGGACUAUGUGUCCAAAUGGGUUGAAGCAAUUGACUUACCAAACAACGAGGCAAGAAGUGUGACCGCAUUCUUGAAGAAAAACAUAUUCACUCGGUUUGGCACUCCUAGGGCCAUUCUUAGUGUUGGUGAGUCUCAUUUCUGUAACAAAGCUUUCACGGGGCUACUAGAGAAGACCGAUUGGUCAAGGAAGCUAAAUGACGCAUUGUGGGCAUACCGUACGGCGUACAAAACUCAUAUUGGUACUUCUCCUUACAGGUUAGUCUUCGGCAAAGCUUGUCAUCUACCCGUGGAACUGGAGCACAAGGCCAUGUGGGCUUUAAAGAGGUUGAACUUGGACUGGGCUGAAGUUGCAAAUUUGAGGUUACCACAACUCAAUGAAAUGGAGGAAUUCCGUUUCCAUGCAUAUGAAAGUGCAACUGUGUAUAAAGAAAGGAUGAAGUUCGUCCAUGACAAAAAGAUCUUGAAAAGGGAGUUCAGGUCGGGUGACUUGGUUUUGCUCUUUAACUCAAGGCUCAAAUUGUUUCCGGGCAAGAUAAAAUCAAAAUGGUCCGGUCCGUUCAAAGUGGUAAAUGUCUCUCCUUUUGGAGCUGUGGAACUACAAUCGGAGGAUGGGUUCCGAACCUUCAAAGUGAAUGGCCAGCGAGUCAAGCAUUACUUGGGCACAGAUGGAGAAAAACAUUUGGUGGAGCAGCUGGCUCUCAAAGAUGGUCCAUGCCCGACCAAUGAGUGA